AUGGAAUCGUCAAAUAGGCCGAAAAGGCAACGAAUUAAUGAUUGUGAAAUCGAAAAGGAACUUUUUUGUGACUUUGAUGAUAGUGACCUAAGUGGUUUUAGUGAAUUCGAUGAUUCAGAUGCCGAUAAAGAUUUCCAUGCACCAUCGGAGAUUACAGACGGAUCCAGUAGUGAUACUAGUAACUAUCGUGAAAUUCAACAAAUUGAAAAUCCUUCUCAAAGUCCGAAUGUGACCAAUCAUGCAUGUGAUGAUAUUAUCGAACUCAUUGUAAUUGAAACAAAUAGAAAUGCCGAGCAGUUUCUUUCAAAAAUUCGAUUAUCGAAAGCGAGCAGAUUUUCCAAAUGGGUACCAACAAAUUAUAAUGAAAUAAAAAAGUUUAUUGGUUUACUUUUAUGGAUGGGCUUAGUGCAAAUGCCAAGUAUAGAAAGUUAUUGGAGUACAAAAUCCAGAUAUAUUAAUAGUAUUGCCGGUAAAACGAUGCCUAGGAACAGGUUUGAGUUGAUAUUAAGAUUUUGGCACUUUUCUGACAAUAUGAAAGCCCCUGUAGAUGACAGGAUUUAUAAAGUUCGUGGCUUAAUUGAACGUCUCGUUAAAAAUUAUCAAUCUGUUAUGGAGCCAGGUGAAUAUAUGGCUAUAGAUGAGUCGAUGGUCCCUUUUCGUGGGCGUUUGAAAUUUCGGCAAUAUAUACCAGGAAAGGCCCAUAAAUAUGGUGUUAAGCUUUUUAAAAUUUGCGAGGUGAAUGGAUAUACACAUGACGUGAAUGUUUACGCAGGUAAAAACCAAGUUAACGGUAAGGGCUUAGCAUGCAGAGUUGUCCUGGAGUUGAGUAACCCUUUUUUAAAUGCUGGACGGACAAUAGUUACUGACAAUUUCUAUACCUCUUUACCUUUGGCUAACGAACUUUUAGAAAACAACACUCAUCUUAUAGGAACUUUAAGAUCAAAUGGAAUAAGAUUACCCGAAAUUUUUAAAACAAAACUACGACCUGGUGAAAUUAUCGGCAGAGAAAAUAUAAAUGGAAUUGUAGUUGCAAAAUGGCACGACAAAAGGAACGUUUCCAUGAUGUCCACUAAACACAAUAAACAUGAUUAUAAUGCAGGAAAAGCUGGAAUCGACCUAUCUGACCAACUUUCGAGUUAUAGUUCCCCUGUGCGUAAAUCGAUUAGAUGGUAUCACAAAGUUGCCACUGAAGUGUUACUAAAGAUAAAAAAAAUAUCCAUCACAAAGUUCCGUGAAAUGUUAGUUGACGAAUUAUUACUUGAACUAGACCAAUCGCAGAUUGCUAUAUCAGAUUGUCCAACUACUUCAAAUAAACGUGGCCGAAAAACUAAUCACAAAUUUGAAGAGUCUACAGAAAGAGAUAACCGUAACCGAAAAGUUAGAAAAAGUGCUUGCAUUGCUAUUCGCUCAAAACCACAGCUGUCGGUUCAAAAAAAGCUAGUGUUGAAACAAAAAAAGUAA